AUGGUGGAAAACGUGUUGACGGAUGACCUUCAAUCACGAAACCUUUUAGAAUCCAAGGGAGAGGAUGCUCAAAUGUGGCUCGAUUCACUGCAGAUGCUCAUCAAUAUGCCCGAUGUUGAACCCGACCUACGGCCAUCGAUAAUCACAAUGAUGAUCUAUCUUUCGAAGCGCUCUGGUCUCUUCCCAAGAUAUCUAAUCAUCAAUAACGUGAAGAGACUUGAAGAUCCACGUAUCGGCUGA